GUUCGAGCGUGGAAAGCGAUCAUUGGUGGGGAGUAGAGCAGUUGAAAGUCUCACGCAAAAUGGAGAAUUUGCGAUUAAUUCUGGGAUAUUUCAUUCUAUUAAUUGUGGCAGAAUUGUCAUCAGGGAUAAUGCAUGACCUUACAGUAAUAGUUCCUCCAGGAAGAAGAGAAUGUUUCCAUCAAACGAUGAAUUCCGGCAGCAAUUUGGAGUUCGAGUUUCAGGUAUUGGAAGGAGGAGAUUUAGACAUUAAUUUUAUUUUACGUUCACCAACGAACAAAGCUUUAGCAACAGAAGCAAGAAAACAAGAUGGAAUUUAUUCAUUUAAUUUACAAGAGACAGGGGACUACCUCAUGUGUUUUGAUAAUUCCUUCAGUCGAAUGUCAGAAAAGAUUGUUUAUUUUGACUUAGCAUUAGACUAUGAGGAUGAAGGAGAAUCUGAUGUUCCUAAAUGGAUGGAUGCGGUUGCUAAUAGAAACGAAGAGGUAGAGAUUACCAUGGAGGAGAUUCAAACAUCAUUAGAUAUUGUGAGCGACAACCUACGUAAGUCGCAGACUCACCAACGACAAUGGCGCAACAUAGAGUUCCGGGACCGUUAUCUAACAGAACGUAACUUUGAACGUGUGAAUUUCUGGUCAGCUGUCAACACCAUAGUUAUGUUGGUAACAUUAAUCAUACAGGUCGUUAUGAUUAGGAGUUUGUUUGCUAAUAAUACCAAAGUGAGAACAUGAUUGGUAUUGUAUGCUCAAAUUAAGUAGAGAAUAUAAGCUCUGUUCAUACAUUUAUAUUUUUUGAGCAAUAUGUUAGAUGCAGAUUUUUAUUUCAUAAGAUUAAAUCGUGUAUGGACAUACGCAGUAUUGAUUUGUAUAGUUCAUUUGGUUUUGCUAAUAAGUAAAACUAUUACUUUUAUUAUUAUUGAUAAUUUUUUUUAUUAUUUUAUUAUAACUAAUAUUUAUUUUCAAUGCUAUUAUUA